UGUAGCCCAAUUUACAUUUUUUAAAUCUCCUCCCCAAAUUCACUGCUUAACCAAUGUCUGUUGUCCACCGACAUGUCUCCGCCUUUUCCUGACAUCCAAGGUAGGUUGCACUAAGAGGAGUUUUAUAGCAACUGUUGCCCUGUGAUUCAGCGCCAUAGUCACCGUAGUCCUGGCGACUGUAACCCAUCAACAACAACAACCUCUCGCUCCAUCAUUACCACCUCCACCAUCCUCAUCCUCAUCAACACGUUAGUCUACGGUACAGGCGCCAUGCAAACGCCCGAGGCCGGCGCUGACUCGUCCACGGUGCCCCUCCAGACCAGCGUGCAGCCGGCCGUCUCCGCACAGCAAGGGGUCUCUCAGGUGCCCGUCCAGCAGCAGGCUCAGACUGUUCAGCAGGUGCAGCAUGUGUAUCCUGCACAAGUUCAGUAUGUUGAGGAGAACAACGGUGUGUACUCCAAUGGAACCAUUCGGACGUACUCGUACUCGGAGCCUCAGCUCUACAGCCAGAACAGCGGGGGGAACUACUUCGACACGCAGGGGGGCUCGUCGCAGGUGACCACGGUGGUGUCGUCGCACGGAAUGGCCAACAACAACGGUGGUGGCGGCGCAGGCGGCAUGGGCAUGGGUCUGGCGGGGGGGCAGAUCAUCAGCAGCUCGGGCGCCUACCUCAUCGGAGGAGGCAACUCCAUGGACAGCGCCACCCCGCACCCCACGGCGCAGACGCCCAGGGCCUCGCCGGCCACGGUCAGUAUUGAAAUGGCGAUUGAGACGCUCCAAAAGUCUGAAGGGUUGUCCUCUCAGAGAAGCUCGCUGCUCAACAGCCAUCUGCAGUGGCUCCUGGACAACUACGAGACGGCGGAGGGCGUGAGCCUGCCGCGCUCCACCCUCUACAACCACUACCUGCGCCACUGCCAGGAGCAGAAGCUGGACCCGGUCAACGCCGCCUCCUUUGGCAAGCUGAUCCGCUCCAUCUUCAUGGGGCUCCGCACUAGACGCCUGGGCACCAGGGGGAACUCUAAGUACCACUACUACGGGAUCCGAGUCAAACCCGACUCGCCCCUCAACCGGCUGCAGGAGGACAUGCAGUACAUGGCUCUCAGACAGCAGCCCAUGCAGCAGAAACAGAGGUUCAAGCCGGUGCAGAAAGUGGACAGCAUGUCGGGGGAGAACUACUCCGGUGGCGCCGUGCAGCACACGGCCAGCGCGGCCGAGCAGACGGUCAUCGCUCAGAGCCAGCACCACCAGCAGUUCCUGGAUGCCUCCCGUGCGCUGCCCGAGUUUGCCGAGCUCGACCUGGGCGACACCAACGUGGACCACGUCUCCCCCGACGACGUCAAAUCCCUGCAGACGCUCUACAGGGAGCACUGUGAGGCCAUCUUGGACGUGGUUGUGAACCUGCAGUUCAGCCUGAUUGAGAAACUGUGGCAAACCUUCUGGCGGUACUCCCAUUCCAAUACUGUAGAGGGAGCCACAAUUACAGAGAACAGUGGGGUGAGUGAGAUCGAGAGCCGUCUGCCACGGGACAGUCUGCUGCUGCUCUGCAGGAACGAGGCGGUGCUGAAGUGGAUGAGUGCCUGCGACCACCUCAUGUACCAGGUCCUGGUGGAGAUACUCAUACCAGAUGUCCUCAGGCCUAUACCCAGUGCCUUGACUCAAGCCAUCCGUAACUUUGCCAAAAGCCUGGAGGGCUGGCUCACCACGGCCAUGAACGCCGUGCCCCAGAGGAUGGUCCAGGCCAAGGUGUCGGCUGUGAGUGCCUUUGCGCAGACCCUGCGCAGGUACACCUCCCUGAACCACCUGGCGCAGGCGGCCCGCGCCGUGCUGCAGAACACCUCGCAGAUCAACCAGAUGCUGUCCGACCUCAACCGAGUGGACUUCGCCAACGUGCAGGAGCAGGCCUCGUGGGUGUGCCAGUGCGAGGAGGGCGUGGUGCAGCGCCUGGAGCAGGACUUCAAAGCCACGCUGCAGCAGCAGAGCUCCCUGGAGCAGUGGGCCGCCUGGCUGGACAACGUGGUCAGCCAGGUGCUCAAGCCCUACGAGGACCGCGCCAGCUUCCCCAAGGCCGCGCGCCAGUUCCUGCUCAAGUGGUCCUUCUACAGCUCCAUGGUGAUCCGGGACCUGACCCUGCGCAGUGCGGCCAGCUUCGGCUCCUUCCACCUGAUCCGCCUGCUGUACGACGAGUACAUGUUCUACCUGGUGGAGCACCGCGUGGCCCAGGCCACUGGGGAGACCCCCAUAGGCGUCAUGGGAGAGUGUGACCAGUUGAACGCCAUGUCUCCCAACAUGAUCGACAAAGACGAGGUGAGUGAGCUGGACAGCGACCUGGACGACGACCUGGACGAGACCGGCGAGCCGCUGGCCAAGCGGGAGAAGUCUGAGUCGGAGGUGGAGCCCGAGGUCAUCCAGGUGCUGCAGGUGGGCACCAUGGAGGACGGCAGCAGCGCCGUGGUGGGCAUGCUCAGCUCGCUGCCCGGCCCCGGCGGCGCCGGCACGGCCACCAUCAUCCCGGCCGAGCACGCCGAGCACAUGGAGCACAUCCUGCCCCCGCCGCUGCCCCUGCUGCCGCCCGGCGCCACCAGCACCAUCCGCCACUGCAACAGCGCCGGCAACAGCUUCGCCCCCGUGUGAGGGGCGCGGGAGGGGAGAGGCGCAGGGGGGUCAAGCCAAGCUCCUGCCUCCUCCACCUUCCCUUCUCCUCCUCAUCCUCCUCCUCCUCCUCCUUCUUCAGUUCUCCUCUCCAAGCUCUCCCCUCGAUCUCUCUCAUUCUUUUACUCGUUCGUCUUCAGCCUUCUCGGUCUCUAUUGUUUUGUACAUUUUGUUUUGUAUGCGCUUUGGUUUUUUCAUGUUCUCUCUCUCUCUCUCUGCUGUGAUGCCGAGAGGUCUUUCCUCUUGCCUUAUCAGGAGGUCGU